CCAUCACGGCGGUGGCUGGAGAACAGGAGGUGCAGGAAUAAUCUAUUGCCUGGUUGAUGAUCAAGUCAUGCAGAUACACAGUAUAUUAUCCGAAUGCCCUGCGCUCUGGCGAUCGAUCCCCUGUAUUCAGCCUGAGCUGAGGCUGGAUAUCGUGCUUUCUUGUGGUCAGUCCUUCCGAUGGCAGGAGAAGAGUCCCGGACACUGGACGGGAGUCUUGGCAGGCCGUGUGUGGACUUUGACCCAGACCCAGGAUCACAUCUGGUACCGGACGUAUCGCAAAGACGCAGAUAAUGUCCCCCAAGUGCCAAUGGGCCACAGAAAGAGGAAAGGCCCGUCUGCAAGGCCGGUCGGUGUUAAAAUGAAAAAGAAGAAUAUUGCAAAAAGUAGACUUAAAAGUGACGAGGGGGAUGUCCACGAAACUGAGAGGGUGUUUCCUGAAGAGAAGAAAGAGCCAAUGCAGUGUGCGCGGCAGAUAAACGAUACCACACCUGAACUAUUGAAAGGGGAGUCAGGAACGGCAGACCAAGAGGAGUCCAUGAUCUUGAGCGACUAUUUUCAGUUGCAUGUGCGGCUGUCCGACCUAUACCCUCACUGGAUGCACGUUGACAAACACUUUGAGCGAGUGGCGAAGGAUUUCCCUGGUAUCCGCAUCCUACGUCAAGAUCCCACUGAGUGCCUCUUCUCUUUCAUCUGUAGCUCCAACAACCACAUCUCGCGCAUCGCUGGAAUGGUGGAGCGUCUGUGCCAGACAUACGGCGAGAGGCUAUGCCAGCUGGAUUCCUGCACCUACUACUCCUUCCCCACACUGCAGGCACUGGCAGGAAACGAUGUGGAAAAGCGGUUGCGAGAACUGGGAUUUGGAUACAGAGCAAAGUUCAUCAGCCAGACCGCCAAGAUGAUACUGGAGAAGCAUGGUCCUAUUUGGCUGGAUUCCCUUCGGGAGACACCAUAUGAGGAAGCAAAGGGUGCCCUGUGCACGUUAUCUGGCGUGGGGGCAAAGGUGGCUGACUGCGUUUGUUUGAUGUCUCUGGAUAAGACAGGUGUGAUCCCAGUGGACACACACGUCUGGCAGAUCACAAAGCGCGAUUACAUCUCCCACCUGGGGGCAGGUCAGAAGAGUCUCACCGACAAAGUGUAUCGAGAAAUCGGUGAUUUUUAUCGCAGACUCUGGGGUCCUUUUGCUGGUUGGGCACACUCUGUUCUGUUUUCAGCAGACUUGAAGAAGUUCCAAGCGUACAAGUCCAAGCAAGAGCAGCAGCAGGGCAAUAAACCCAAGAGAUGACAGCAGAGCCUACUAUUUGCCUAACAUAACAUAGAGAAUAAUGUUUUAUACUCCACAAUGAUUAUAUUCUUGUGACUGGUUCCAUUUAUCUUUCGAUAGCUGUGAACAACGUUCGGCAUGACUUGGAUAGACACAAAAUGCUGGAGCAACUCAGCGGGUUAGGCAGCAUCUCUGGAGAAAA